GCUAGCCGCUGGCUCGCUGGCAGCGUCUGGAGGCGACGGCGGGAGCGGAGGGACCGCGCGGCCCGGGGUCUCGCAUUCCCCGGCCCCCCUCCGCCCCACUCGGCCCGGACCAUGGUUGCCAGGUGGUGGGCAGUGGUGGUGCUGGUUGCGCUCCCUUCCCUGGGGGCAGGUGGGGAGACCCCCGAAGCCCCUCCGGAGUCCUGGACUCAGCAAUGGUUCUUCCGCUUUUUGGUGAAUGCUGCCGGCUAUGCCAGCUUUAUGGUACCUGGCUACCUGCUGGUGCAGUACUUCAGGCGGAGGAACUACCUGGAGACAGGCAGGGGCCUCUGCUUCCCUCUGGUGAAAACUUGUGUAUUUGGCAAUGAGCCCAAGGCCUCCGAUGAGGUUCCCCUGGCUCCCCGGACAGAGGCUGCAGACACCACUCCUACUUGGCAGGCCCUGAAGCUGCUCUUCUGUGCGGCAGGACUCCAGGUGUGUUACCUGACUUGGGGAGUGCUACAGGAAAGAGUGAUGACCCGCAGCUAUGGGGCCACAGCCACAUGGGCAGGUGAGCGCUUCACAGACUCUCAGUUCCUGGUGCUAAUGAACCGAGUGCUGGCACUGGUCGUGGCAGGCCUCUACUGCCUCUUCUGCAAACAGCCCCGACAUGGGGCACCCAUGUACCGGUACUCCUUUGCCAGCCUGUCAAAUGUGCUUAGCAGUUGGUGCCAAUAUGAAGCUCUCAAGUUUGUCAGCUUCCCCACCCAGGUGCUGGCCAAGGCCUCUAAGGUGAUCCCUGUCAUGCUGAUGGGAAAGUUGGUGUCUCGGCGCAGCUACGAACAAUGGGAAUACCUGACAGCUGGCCUCAUCUCCAUUGGGGUCAGCAUGUUUCUGCUGUCCAGCGGAUCAGAGCCCCGAAGCUCUCCGGCCACCACACUCUCGGGCCUGAUCCUGUUGGCAGGUUACAUUGCCUUUGACAGCUUCACCUCAAACUGGCAGGAUGCCCUGUUUGCCUAUAAGAUGUCAUCAGUGCAGAUGAUGUUUGGGGUCAACCUCUUCUCCUGCCUCUUCACAGUGGGCUCCCUGCUAGAGCAAGGAACCCUUCUGGAGGGGACCCGCUUCAUGGGGAGACACAGUGAGUUUGCUGCACAUGCCCUGCUGCUCUCAGUCUGCUCUGCAUGUGGCCAGCUCUUCAUCUUCUACACCAUUGGACAGUUUGGGGCUGCAGUCUUCACCAUCAUCAUGACCCUCCGUCAGGCCUUUGCCAUUCUCCUUUCCUGCCUCCUCUAUGGCCACACCUUAACUGUGGUUGGGGCACUGGGGGCAGCUGUGGUCUUUGUUGCCCUCCUGCUCCGAGUCUAUGCCCGGGGCCGCUUAAAGCAACGGGUAAAGAAGGCUGUGCCCAUCGAGUCCCCUGUGCAGAAGGUUUAAGGGACCUCAGUGGCAAAGGGAACUAGGACCCUUUCACCAUACCUUACCAUACUGUUUUCCUCUCCUACUGUAACUUCUCAGAGGUGGCUGGCUUGAGGGCAAAAUGCAGGUGUUUUCUCAGUAUCACAAACUAACUCUGGUUAGGGGUAGGGAGGCCAGGAGGCAGCCUUCCCCUUUUGCCUUAAGUCACCAGUCCUCUAAUAGGCAGGAUUCUUGAGCCCCAGGGUAGAGGACAGUCCUCAGUAUGGAGAUGGGGGUAUCUUCCAGAGCCUCUUGCCCCUCAAAUUCCCCUAUGUCAUACCCUAUUGGCUCUGCCACCAACCUCACCUGUGCUUGUCCCCUGCCCAGACUAGCCACUUUUAUAGACCCCCUUCCAGAGAAAUGCUUUUCUUACUCUGGUGAUUUUAAGUGGAAUGCUGCUUUCCUAGGAUAAAUGGAAGACGGUGCUGUGCUAGGGGAGGGGGAUGGGAAAGCCCGGCCCAGCAACACCACCCUCUAUGCUCCUGGAUCCCUAGGCUCUACUCCGUGAGCCAGUUGCAGGUUUUGGUACUUUGGAAAUGUAACUUUCUGCUCUCAUAAUUUUUAUUUUUAUUAAAUUAAA